GGCUUUGGCGGUGCCGGCUGCCGGGAGCGGGCGGCCGGCGGGGCCGCUGCCGUCCGUGCCAGCCCCCGGGGUUAUGCCCGGCUGCAGGCGGGGCGCAGGGCCAGGGCCAGGGCCAGCCCGACCCGCCGGCCGCGGCCGGGGUAGGGAGGUCUCCGGCAAGGGCAGGGGGCGGUGAUUCCCCCGCCCCCGGGUGCGGUGCGGGGAAGGGGUGCGCGGCUGCUCCGCGGCGGGGGCGGAGGAUGAGGAUGAGGAUGAAGAUGCGGCGGGCCGGAGCGGAGCGGGGGUACCCGGGCAGCGCCUGGGUGUGCUGCUGGCUACUGGGCUGUCAGGCGGCCGCCCUGCAGCUGCCGCCCUGCGAAGAGACAGAUUACCACUUCGAGUACACAGAGUGCGACAGCAGUGGCUCCAGAUGGAGGGUGGCUGUCCCAAAUCCGUCGGUGGAGUGCUCUGGACUACCCGACCCGGUGAAAGGGAAGGAAUGCACUUUCUCCUGUGCCUCUGGUGAGUACCUGGAGAUGAAGAACCAGGUGUGCAGCAAAUGUGCAGAGGGGACCUACUCACUGGGCAGUGGGAUCAAGUUUGACGAGUGGGAUGAGCUGCCGGCAGGAUUCUCCAACGUGGCGACUUUCAUGGACACAGCGGUUGGCUCGGCUGAGAAUAAAGCUGACAGCUGCAACAACUCUUCAUGGACACCUCGAGGGAAUUACAUAGAGUCGAACAGGGAUGAUUGUACAGUUUCUCUCAUCUAUGCUGUGCACCUGAAGAAAUCCGGUUCUGUCUUCUUCGAAUACCAGUAUAUUGACAACAACAUCUUCUUUGAAUUUUUUAUACAAAAUGACCAGUGCAAAGAGAUGGAGUCCACUGCAGACAAGUGGGUGAAGCUAACAGACAACGGGGAAUGGGGCUCUCAUUCUGUAACUUUGAAAUCAGGUAGCAAUAUAUUAUACUGGAGAACAACAGGGAUUCUCAUGGGAUCCAAAGUAGUAAAACCAGUUCUGGUGAAAAACAUCACAAUUGAAGGAGUUGCAUAUACGUCUGAAUGCUUCGCAUGCAAGCCUGGUACAUUCAGUGACAAACCGGGUUCAUCUGGCUGCCAGGUGUGUCCAAGAAAUACUUAUUCUGAAAAAGGAGCUAAAGAGUGCACCGAGUGUAAAGAAGAAAUGUAUUACGCAGAUGAGGGAUCCAGUGCGUGUAUAGAGCGUCCUCCGUGCACAAACAAAGACUUUUUCCAGAUCCAUACCCCAUGCGAUAAGGAAGGAAAAACUCAGAUUAUGUACAAAUGGAUCGAACCCAAGAUCUGCAGAGAGGAUCUCCCUGGUGCGUUGGCCCUACCUCCUUCUGGAGAGAGGAAGGAUUGUCCACCCUGCAAUCCUGGCUUUCACAACAACGCCUCAUCUUCCUGUACUCCUUGCCCACCGGGCACAUUUUCGGAUGGGACACAGGAGUGCAGACCCUGCCCUGCUGGGACUGAACCCACUCUUGGGUUUGAGUACAAGUGGUGGAACAUCCUGCCAGGCAACAUGAAGACGUCUUGCUUUAAUGUCGGCAACUCAAAGUGCGAUGGGAUGAACGGUUGGGAGGUGGCUGGUGACCACAUCCAGAGUGGGGCAGGAGGCUCUGACAAUGACUAUCUUAUCUUGAACCUGCACAUCCCGGGAUUUAAACCUCCGACAUCGAUGACAGGAGCAACUGGGUCAGAACUAGGACGGAUUACUUUUAUUUUUGAGACCAUCUGUUCAGCAGAUUGUGUGCUGUACUUUAUGGCGGAUGUUAAUAGAAAAAAUACCAACGUGGUGGAAUCAUGGGAGAGAAGUAAGGAGAAACAAUCCUACACUCACAUCAUUUCCAAAAAUGCUUCCUUCACAUUCACCUGGGCCUUUCAGAGAAUAAACGAGGGCCAAGACAGCAGACAGUUCAUCAAUGACAUGGCAAAGAUCUACUCCAUCACGGUGACCAACGCAGUGGAUGGAGUGGCCUCUUCUUGCCGGGCCUGUGCGCUGGGCUCCGAGCAGUCUGGCUCAUCCUGCGUGCCCUGCCCGGCGGGACACUACAUCGAGAAGGAGACCAGCCAGUGCAAGGAGUGUCCAGCCAACACCUUCCUGUCCAUCCACCAGGUCUAUGGCAGGGAGGCCUGCAUCCCAUGUGGGCCUGGCAGCAAGAGCACCAAGGACCACUCUGCCUGCUUCAGUGACUGCCUCGUGUCGUACAUCAAGGAUAACCAGAGCCUGAAUUACGAUUUUAGCAACCUCAGCGAGGUGGGAUCCUUGAUGAGUGGACCCAGCUUCACCUCCCGAGGGACCAAGUUCUUCCACUUCUUUAACAUCAGCCUGUGUGGGAACGAGGGUAAGAAGAUGGCUAUUUGCACUGACAAUAUCACAGAUGUUACGCUGAAGGACAUGGUUGCAGAAUCAGAAGAUUUUUCCAACUUUGUGGGAGCUUUUGUCUGUCAGUCCACCAUCAUCCCAUCGGACAGUAAGGGUUUCCGAACAGCACUGGCUCUGCAGUCCAACAGCCUUGCUGACAGGUUCUUAGGAGCUACUAUUGAAACAAUGCUGGAAAAUAUCAGCAUCAAGACAGAUAUGUUUCCUCCCUCUCCAAUCAAAAUACCUGAUGUGCAUUUCUUUUACAAGUCUUCAACAGUGACAACCUCCUGUGAAAAUGGCCGUGCAACUGUUGUGACAAUGAGAUGCAACCCCAACAAACCAGACCAAGGAGAGCUUUCUGUGCCCAGCUCAUGCCCCGCGGGCACCUGCGAUGGAUGCACUUUCUACUUUGUAUGGGAAAGUGCAGAAGCUUGCCCCCUCUGCACGGAGCAAGACUACCAUGAGAUUGAGGGAGCCUGCAAAAAAGGAUUUCAGGAAACAUUGUAUGUAUGGAAUGAACCAAAGCACUGCAUUAAAGGGGUUUCCUUGCCAGAAAAAAGGACCAGCACUUGUGAAACAGUGGACUUUUGGCUAAAAGUUGGAGCUGGUGUUGGUGCUUUCACAGCCGUUUUGCUCAUAGCCUUGACCUGCUAUUUUUGGAAGAAGAACCAGAAGUUGGAGUAUAAAUAUUCCAAAUUAGUGAUGACAGCGAACUCAAAAGAGUGUGAGCUGCCAGCUGCUGACAGCUGUGCUAUAAUGGAAGGAGAAGAUAAUGAAGAAGAAAUAGUAUAUUCAAAUAAGCAGUCACUGCUGGGGAAGCUCAAGUCCUUGGCAACGAAGGAAAAGGAAGAUCAUUUUGAAUCUGUUCAGCUGAAAUCUUCAAGAUCCCAGAAUAUAUGAAGAAUUAAUGCUGCCUUCAAAGAAACAAACCUAAUUUCUAUUUUUACAGGACCAUAUUUUAAACAUAUUCUGGCACACAUUGUAGUGGUGAUCUUGGUGAGAAAUGCUUGGCCAUUUAGGAGGAAAGAAGACAGGAAGCAAACCAGAAAAUUGGAUUGCCUUACCAUGUGAUUGAGUACCUUGCCAAAAAAGAAAGCAGACGCUUGGAUUCCAUACUGGGAAUGAAAUUCAACUCAGGAAGAGAUAUACAUACUGCAAAUAACACGAAUUUUUUGCAUUCACCUGGGCAUCGCUCAGUCAUGCCAUAUGAUUUAUAGGUACCUUUCAUUUCCUAUCACUCCUUCUACGCAUAUUCAUAAAAAAUGAUUUUCAGAGAGGCCUGAAACCUCCUGCAAAGGUUGCAUAUUGUCCUUUAGUAGCAUAACUACGAGUCUCUCUUAAAAUCAAAAUUGCGAAUGGUACUCGGAAUGAGCCUCAGGUGAGUUUUAAACUUUGGAAAAUACUUUUGAUUUUAAUGCUUAGAAGGGGUGGAUGGUCUGUGUUGGCCUCUAAUACAAGAGGCAUGGUGUUGCACCUGCAAGUUGAACCCAUUCUGAUACCUAAAUCAUGGCCAUCAGGGUUGGGGUAAGACCUAGUGCUAUUGAAUUUAAAUGUGUUAACUGCUGUUGUAUGAAUUGUAGGUCUGGGGCCGUGAGUUAGUAGGCAGUAGCAGGCUCAGACUCUAUGAAGAGAAGCAAAGUGAUACCUACAGUGCAAGUUGCACUUGUUCCUCUCUGUGGAAGCUUGUCCUUUCAAGAGAGGUUGCUGGCAGUUUCAGUACCCUCCCUUGGGCUACCAAUAUGUCACCUUUCCCUGGGUUGCAAACCAACAAAGCCUGAACUCUGGAGGUAAAGCAAGAAACCCUACGUCUGGAGAUCAGGGAUCAGCUUUGUCAGUUGGGAGGCUUAUUAGAAAUACUCAGCCGCCUUUAUUCCUAGACCCAUGCAAGGAAUGAGGACGGAUGCCCAGCAGAGCUGAGCGUGGGUUAUGUACUUGUGCAGCUCAGCAUCUAAAUGCGUUCUGCUGUCAAUGCAAGUACCAGCUUUGGAAGGAGGGCACAAAAUGGUGCCUUGAAAACUGGAGUCUAGGUGGACUUUUUCAUAAAAUCAGCCACAUUAUAAGCAUGUGAUCUUUGUAAUAUCCACUGUAAUAAUUUCCUGAAAUUCCCAUUGAGGUCGAACACAAAGGAAUCUGAAACUUAGGCAAAAAAUGUUUGAGUAAAAUUAUGCAAGACUUGUAUAGAGACAAGAGAAAA